AUGUCUGGUGCACAGGAAAAGCCGCUCAAUGAGCUCCUCUCCCGCUCAAUGGUCGACAUCUACGUCGGCCCCGAAAACACACACUGGAUCCUCCACGAAAAGCUCCUCUGCCACCACUCGCCCUUUUUCCGCAAAAUCUUCUACUCCAAAUCAAACUCGUCAUCACGCACACAAUCCUUCGGCCUCCCCGAAGAAGAAGAUGCGCCCUUCAAGACCUUCGUCGGCUGGCUCUACUCGUCCUCUCUCCCCGUUCCACGCGAGGAGGCCGACCUAGGCGUCUGCUUCGACCUGUACCUGAUGGCUGAGAAGUUUGAGAUCCCCGGCCUCGUCUCCGACGUCCUGCAAGUGGUUAGGGAAUGGUACAAGUACAGCGACAGCUACCCCGGUCUGCGUCGCGUGCAAUACAUUUACGCAAACACCGAAGACGGAAGCCCAAUGCGACACAUGCUUGUGCACGCUGUCGCCCGCAUGAUGGUCGUUGAAAAGGGCAUUCCAGCGCAUUGGGACAAGGCACUCCGCAAGAACGGACAGCUUGCCGUCGACAUUAUCAAAGCGAUCCAGGACUGGCGUCUCGAGGAGGAAGUUGUGCCUGAUGCGCGUGAGGAGCCCGCCGAGGCCGAGGACCUUGUCGAUGUGGAACAGGAGACUGCCAAAUUGGAUGAGGAGGCGGAGCAGGAGGUUGAUGAUGACGUGAGGGCUGAGCAUCUGGAGGAGACUGCCGACGACACCGAUGAUACGGUUGUUGAGAGCCCGACUAACGAGAACAAACGCCCAAAGCCGACACAGCAGAAGAGUGGGAAAGGUGCGGAUGAUCUCAAGAGCAAGGACAAUGGCCUUGUCAAGGACUUUUCAAAGUUCAGUCUAAAGGAAAUGCCGAAUGAGAUGACUAACGGCGACUAUGGCACUCUUCGCGCGUAA